AGCUGCGCGCUCCAUAUGCCUGUCAAAGCAGCAUAGCAAUGGGAAGUUCACCAACAGCGCUGUCAAGUGUUUAAACCUACUCGUAACUAACCGCGUUUUUUUAGUAGAACAACAAAACAUCUCCCAGCUCAACCGGCAAAGGUUAUUGCUCAACUCUCUUAAAAAAAGGAGAGAUGGACCCGAGAGACACAGCUCCGGAUUCGUGGGAGCUGGAAGAAGACGCCGAGGCCCCGGCCACCUCGGCGGCUCUCCCGUGCGCCUUCGCCGCACUCAACGUCAACGCCAAGCCGUUUGUCCCCAACCUCAACGCCCCGGCGUUCGUGCCUACCUCCCUUCAAAGCAGCGCUGCCGGAAUGCCUCCUUCCGACGCUCCAGUUGAGAACGGCAGCUCAGAGGCAGACAUGGCAGCCGACGACGAGACGUGGGAGUUGAACGACGAGCCGGGCGGAGGCGGGGGCGGCGGCGGACAGGAGGACCCGGCCGCGACGGGGGAUUGUCCGCCCUACGCUGACAGCCAGGAGGAUGAGAUGAUCAUGGAAGAGGAAGAGGAGGAGAUCCCUAUGCCUAAAGUGGCGCCUUUAACGCCAGAUGCGCCCAAGAAAGAACAUGUGAAUGUUGUCUUCAUUGGUCACGUGGAUGCUGGAAAAUCAACUAUUGGUGGGCAAAUCAUGUAUUUAACUGGAAUGGUGGAAAAACGAACUUUGGAAAAAUAUGAAAGAGAAGCAAAAGAAAAAAACAGAGAGACAUGGUACCUGUCGUGGGCUCUGGACACAAACCAGGAGGAGCGAGACAAAGGAAAGACUGUGGAGGUGGGAAGGGCAUAUUUUGAGACGGAGAAAAAACACUUCACAAUCCUGGAUGCCCCUGGACACAAGAGCUUUGUCCCCAACAUGAUCGGAGGAGCGUCACAAGCCGAUCUGGCUGUCCUGGUCAUCUCGGCGAGAAAGGGCGAGUUUGAGACGGGUUUUGAAAAAGGCGGACAGACUCGGGAGCACGCCAUGCUGGCUAAAACGGCAGGCGUCAAACAUCUCAUUGUCCUGGUCAACAAGAUGGACGACCCCACUGUCAACUGGAGUCUCGAUAGGUAUGAAGAGUGUAAGGAGAAGCUGGUGCCAUUUCUCAAGAAGGUUGGCUUCAACCCCAAAAAGGACAUCUACUUUAUGCCUUGCUCCGGACUCACAGGUGCCAACCUCAAGGAACCCGUACCUGAAUGUCCCUGGUACACGGGUUUGCCAUUUAUUCCCCACUUGGAUAGUUUGCCAAACUUCACCAGAUCCAUCAACGGGCCGGUCAGACUCCCCAUCGUAGAUAAGUACAAGGACAUGGGUACAGUCAUUCUCGGGAAGCUGGAAUCCGGAACCAUUAGCAAAGCCCAGCAGUUGGUCAUGAUGCCAAACAGGCACAUAGUGGAAGUACUGAGCCUCCUAAGCGAUGAGGUGGAGACUGAUGACGCAGCUCCCGGGGAGAACCUGAAGAUGAGGCUCAAGGGCAUCGAGGAAGAGGAGAUCCUUCCCGGUUUCAUCUUGUGCAGCCCCGACAACCUUUGCCACACCGGCCGCACCUUUGACGCUCAGAUUGUCAUCAUUGAGCACAAAUCAAUCAUUUGUCCCGGUUACAAUGCAGUUCUUCACCUCCAUACCUGCAUCGAAGAGGUGCAAAUCUCAGCCUUAAUUUGUAUGGUGGACAAGAAGACGGGAGAGAAAAGUAAAACACGUCCGCGCUUCGUGAAGCAGGACCAGGUUUGUAUCGCCAGGUUCCGGGCAGCGGGAGUCAUCUGCAUGGAGACUUUCAAGGACUUUCCUCAAAUGGGGCGAUUCACGCUACGUGAUGAAGGCAAAACCAUCGCCAUCGGAAAAGUGCUGAAGCUGGUGCCGGACAAGGACUAAAUGCAACAGAAAUCCAAGUUGUCUAAUGCUGCUUGUAACCAGAAGAGGACUGCUGCUCGGGCCAACCACAACAGCGACUCUUUUCUUUAUGCUAAACUAUGCUAAAGAGAAGAACUUCCAACAACGGAGCGAAGAGGGGAAUUAAUUGCGUCAAAUGAAAAUAACAAGACUGGAUCAGUUUUUAUGAUGAACAAUCGACAGUGAGAGAGUGUGAGUGUCCAGUGUUCUCAUAUUGAGAGCUCUGCAAUAACACUAAUGUAGCGACAGUACAUGGCUGAAAACGCUGCCAGCUGGCCAUACCAAUCGUUUUUACUACGGAGGUGAAUGCAGUGUUACUGAGUCUGGAAAAAACAAAAAUACAGGAUGAUUUUGUUCCCUAUGAAAACCAACAACAAGAUCAUACAAUUCAAAUUCGAUGAGUGCAAUUCCAAUUUAAAAAAAAAAAUGAGAGAAGUCCCUUGGACAUUUUAUUUGUUAGAUGUUGCCGUGCCAUCAGUUUGUUUAGCCUCACUCACACUGCUCCGAAAAAUCAAGGACGAACAAACAUGCAACUGUUGCAUAACAAAGCCACAUGAAAAAAUAAAUGAAUCAUGACGCUUGAGUGAAAA